UACCUCAUAAAUUUUAACAAAUAUCUAUUGGCUGUACUGACCAUCGAAGUUCUUAUUUUGUGUGAAUAUUUGGGUGCUUGUCAAUGAACGAGAACAAGAAUGAUUGUAGAGGACUAAUUCAACAAAAUCAUGGACUAAAUGGGGAUUUUAAUUCUGAAUUUGGCAAUAGUUUUUGUCAACAUUUUGAUCUCAGAGAGUCACUUGCCAUGGCUGGAGGAGGAGGAGGAGGAGAAGCAGAACAGUUACCAAACAUAGGCACUGUAAAAUCAUCUAGCACCAUUAUGAGCCGUUUUGAGUCACCAGCUUCUGCUUUCUAUGCAGCAGAACAUUGCAUGGGCUUCGCAGAAUAUGAUAGCCAAGUUGGUAAUCAAUCUUUAAGCUCUCAAUUCUAUAAGGUUAAUGAUGUGGAAUUCCCAUUGUAUCAAUCUUCCAGGGAAAAACUUAUCUUGGACUCAGCAAACCAACCUGAUUCCAACUUUGAAUUGUCAAACACUUUGCAAGCCAUGGUGAAGUCUCAAUUGAAUAGUAAUCAAUGCCGUGGAUCCCCUGAAAAAUCCAAUAAAAUUUCUUGUGGGAAUUUUCCUGGUACCAAGUUCCUUCCAAUUGAACAACAGAAGUUGUUCAUUGAUGGAGUUGCUUCAUUUAGCAGGAGCUCAUUAUUUCCUAACAAAGGAAAUCAGGACCAUACAGUUGUUCGUGGCUCUUAUAACUUCCCAGUUGCACAGUUGAGCUUCUCAUCUCAGCAAGAGAAGUUGCCUCCAACAUUUUCAGCAGGAAGUGUGUCAAAUACUCUUGGAAACUUUUCUCCUAAUGGGACAGUAGUCUCAAGUAAAACACGUAUAAGAUGGACAAAUUAUCUUCAUGAGAAGUUUGUUGAGUGUGUGAAUCGCCUUGGGGGUGCUGAGAAGGCAACACCAAAAGCUAUAUUAAAGAUGAUGGACUCAGAUGGUUUGACCAUCUUCCAUAUCAAAAGUCAUUUGCAGAAAUAUAGAAUUGCAAAAUUCAUGCCAGAGUCAACUCAAGGGAAAUCUGACAAAAGAAUCCAUACAGAGGAUGUGCAUCAUCUUGAUGUCAAAACUGGCUUGCAAAUUAGAGAGGCACUUCAGCUGCAAUUAGAUGCUCAAAGGCAUCUUCAUGAACAGCUUGAGAUUCAGAGAAAAUUACAGUUGCGAAUUGAAGAACAAGGUAGGCAGCUGCAAAAAUUGUUUGAUCAACAACAGAAGACAAGUAAUAACCUCUUGAAUACUCAGAAUACAACCAACGAUGAUACAUCAAUAAGUCAUAAAGAUGUUGAGGUUUCUAUUUCUGAAGGUGCAAGAAAUUCCUUCUUCCCUUCCAAGGCCUCUCCAAGCCCAUAAUUUGAUAGUUAUGUAUAAAAUUAGAGUUUUCCAAAAUCUCACUCCUUGUAAGAAACAGAUAAACCGAUUAU